CUCUGACUUCCACCUCGAUGUGUAAAAAUAUUGCCUGCAGUUGUAGGCUCUUGUAUUGCCUUUUUACCUGGUAUUGGAGUCUAAGGAGAAUUUCAUGGUAUUAUGCGACGUUCUUGUCCAUGCCAAGAUCGUGCAGUAUUUCACAGGUUGCUCAGGAAUCCUUGCAUGCGUUGUGCUCAGGCAUGAUGGGUGAAUUUGCCCAUGCCUGCUUCUCUAAUCAAUCAAGGCGUUUUCUUACCGAGAUAAGGCAUUUGAUUGAUCAUAGAAGCGCCUGUGCACAUGCUGCCGUGGUCCUCCCAUAUAGUGCCACUAUAUUGUGCCUAAUGCUCUCAAGGUCGGUGCUUAUAUAGCCUGAGGAUCCUUUCUUGAGGACUACACCCUGUCAUGCGGUUCCUUGCUCCUGUUCUCAUUCUCGCCACGGUUGUUUCAGCACAAAGAGACCCUUGCGCGUCAAUCGGUGGACAAACAUGGGUUACUCCUGCCCAAGUUCGCGAAUGCUACAAGUCAUUUGCUGUGAAUGAGACAGAGAAGGCUAACAUUAUUGAAGUCAUCAAUAAAACACUCGCGUUUCAUACAUCUGUCAGCUAUGAAGUUCAGGCUCCUCGACCCUACUCGGAUACGCAUGAGGAUGUUCUGGCCAACCUUGCGCGUAUCAGUUCGCAGUCAUACGCGUCAGACUAUGAUCUUCAUGUUGAUCUUUCUCUUACUGUAAAGAGACUUCAUGAUGGACAUUGCGUUUGGAUCAACUAUUGUUACGACUCGGCAUUCGUUAACUAUCUCCCUAUUCCCCUUGUUCUUCUGAAUGGAACCGAGGUUCACAUCGCCCUCGAGGCCUACAAUGUAUCAUCCAUCCAAUUCGCCGAUGGAAUACAUGUGUGGGAAAGCGCACUUGCCGGAACUCUCGAUGGUGGUCUUCAAUCGUUGAAUGGUGCCAAGGUUCUCAAGAUCAAUGAUCAGGAUCCUUUUGCUGCUGUGAAUGCGAAUGCCGCCAUUGCUGGCGGUUUCCAAGCUGAUGGGACGCGUCAAAAUGGCUUUUUUUCGAGUUACCAACGAUCUACGACCGGUUGGAGCUACGUGCUAGGUAACUUUGCUCAACAGUCGUUGCCACUGAGCGACUCUGUCAAACUGUCUGUUCAGCUGGUCAAUGGUGAAAAAGCAAACGUUGUUUUACUAUACCUUUCCCGUAUCGGUUCCAGCACUAUCAACUUUAGUUCAGCUGAUACGUAUCGGUCCGGGAACUGUCGUGCUGUUUUUGGGACAAACGGAGUCAACUAUUAUGAGAGUUCUGUAUCAUCCACUCUAGCUAACCCACUAGUAAAGGCUCAGCAGUCCCCUGGACAAGUUGUUGAGCGCUCGAGAGCCUUAAACAUCAUGCUCGACAGUGCUCCGGUCACCGAUAUAGACCUUCCCACUCAGUUGCAACCUGCGAAUCCGGUACAAGGUUUCGGAGUAGGGGAAUUUUAUUUUUUGGAUGACGGCGUAACCGGGGUUCUCGCAUUGGGAAGUUUCUCGGGAAACAGCUAUAACGUUAUGAUGCAGGGCCUUUUAGAUGGACUCGUAGAGUUGAAAUCGAGAGGAGCACAGAGGCUGAUCGUCGACGUUACAAAUAACGGAGGAGGGUAUAUAUGCGUUGCUCAUUUCCUACACCGAAUCAUUAUUGGACCUACGACAACAACGGAGCCGCAAGCUGGAUUGAACACGACUGCGCGAGACCCAGAAAUCGCCCGGCAGAUUGUACAAACCAUCGUUGAUUCUCAUGGCACUGUUGAUCCGGCUACAAUGCUCCUGUAUAAUCCUCUCGGAUGGCACAACAUCCGUAAUGGACAGUUCAAUAUCACCGAUAACUGGUUAGUACCCCCAGUGGAAAAGGUCAUCAACGGGCGAUCGGAUGCAUUCAGUCAGACAUUGGGGUCCGAAUGUUCAUCGGCGACCGAUUAUACGACUCCACCUCCUGAUAAAGGGCUGUUUGAUGGGUCACAAGUGGUCAUUGUGUCUAAUGGAAGAUGUGCUAGUUCAUGUUCUCUGUUCAGCGUAACCAUGGCCAAACUUGAAGGUUCCAAGACCGUUGUUGUCGGCGGAAAGAACGAUGUGGACCAAAAAUUCUGCGGCGUGGUGGGCGGUCAGAGCACGGACUUUUCUACGAUCGACAGUGAGAUCAAGACAACAGGUUUGAAAAACGAUAGCCGUGCACCCCCCGACUUACUCGUAAACGGAUUGCAAGGAAUUACAUGGCGGUUAGGCUAUGGUAUCUGGAACCCAAACGAGCCGGAAGAGUGGCAAGAUCGUCCGGCGAACUAUAAUCUUCCGUUGACGCUAGAACUGGCCAAUAAUCCAACCAAGAUCUGGGAGAAAGUUGCCAGUCUUGUAUUCUAGUACUCUUUGUCCGCUUAUCCUUGAAAACGGCUAGGACUUCAUAUAAUCUAAGAACAUCUGUUGAACACAGUUAUAUCUGAUGCCUCGAACGGCGUUCAUUUGUCCACUUCCUAUUGAGUAUCGGG